AUGAUCCCUAAAUUUGAAUGGCAACUAUCGACUCCUACAUUCGAUGAAAAUCACUCGAAUUUUCAAACAGUAAAACAAUCCUUUCUAGCAUCUCCUGAUGAUGCAUACCCAUAUAGCGGGUUUUACGAAUUUAAGAAAGCAGCUUGCUAUGUGUCAGAGAAACUGUUGACUUAUAAACAAGAACUCGCCAACCUCCCAAAUGCUAUGUUGAUGCUUUCUUCUGCCGCAUUGCUAAUUUCUCGCUGGUUUCUUGAAAACUACGCCGCGAUUAAACAAGACAGUAUUGGGACUUUCUCUCUAAACCUUCAAACAUCGAAAAAAGAAUCGAUGAAGCUUGAGAGAAAUUUUAGACUGCCGUGGGAGAAGCUCAGCAGAUUGAGAGAAUAA